AUGGCGACCAUUACUGACACCGAGAUUGCGUUGGAGAAGACAGCCGCCCACCAUGUCGAGGAUACAUUGGGCGCCGGCGCCAUCAUCGAGGCCAAACAGGCGAGUGACGAUGAACACAACCAGACAUUGAUGCAGGCCCUGCGGGAGAAUCGCAAGGCUGUCAUGUGGUCGGUUCUCAUCUCCAUGUCCAUCGUCAUGGAGGGAUACGAUACCAUCCUCAUGGGUAACUUCUUCGCGUACCCCGAGUUUCAGAAGAAGUAUGGACAAUACUAUGGAAGUGAUAUUGAAUGGCAGGUUUCUGCGCCUUGGCAGACAGGUCUGAGCAUGGCCAGUACUGUUGGCGCUAUCUUUGGCGGUAUUCUCAAUGGAUGGUGCGCAUCCCGGUACGGCUACCGAAUCGUAAUGGUGGUUGCCCUGUUCUUCCUCACGGCAUUCAUCUUCAUCACCGUCUUCGCCAACUCCGCAGCAGUCCUCCUAGUCGGACAAGUCUUCUGUGGGCUCUCCUGGGGUGUAUUCGCAACCAUUGGACCCGCGUACGCAUCAGAAGUCUGCCCAACCAACUUGCGCGGAUACCUUACCAUCUAUGUGAACAUGUGCUGGGCCAUCGGCCAGCUCAUCGCCUCAGGCGUGCUAUACGGACUCGUCGGCCGAAAAGACCAAUGGUCCUACCGAAUCCCCUUCGCCCUGCAAUGGAUCUGGCCCGUUCCACUGAUGGCCAUCUGCUGGAUCGCACCCGAGAGUCCAUGGUGGCUCGUUCGACAAGACCGAUUGGAAGACGCAAAGCGGAGUAUCCGCCGACUGGGCGGUAGCAAGACCGAAGAUCAGAUCAACGGCCAACUAGCGAUGAUGGUGCACACGAUCAAAAUCGAAGCCGAAAUCGAAGCCGGAACCACCUACGCAGACUGUUUCAAGGGCGUUGACCUGCGCCGCACAGAGAUCUGCUGCCUUACCUUCGCAGGACAAAUCCUCUCCGGUAGCACGUUCGCCUACUCGCCCACAUACUUCUUCACCCAAGCCGGCAUGGACACCAGCCGCUCCUUCCAACUGGGCGUCGGCUGCACAGGCGUCGCCUUCGUGGGAACCUUCCUGUCCUGGUGGCUAAUCUCCUGGUUCGGGCGACGAACCCUAUACGUCUGGGGCCAAGGAAUCCUCUGCACAAUCCUCUUCCUAAUCGGCAUCAUCAACGCCGCAUCGCACACCAACGGCGCAAUGUGGGCCCAAGCGGCCUUCUGCUUCCUCUGGCUCUUCACCUACUCCCUAACCGUCGGCCCAAUCGCCUACGCCAUCAUCUCAGAGACGUCCUCCGUGCGCCUGCGUCCGCUGACUGUCUGCCUAGCUCGGACAGCGUACCAAAUCGUCAACGUCGUCUCCCAAGUCCUCGAACCGUACUUUAUGAACCCGACCGCGUGGAACGCAUCCGGCAAAACAGGGUUCUUCUGGGGCGCGACAGCGCUGGCUACAUUCGUGUGGGCGUUCUUCAGACUACCCGAACCAAAAGACCGGACCUACGCCGAGCUGGACAUUCUCUUCGCCACCAAGGUCCCCGCGCGCAAGUUUGCGCAGACGAAGGUUGACGCUUAUGCAGUUGGGUCGUCCUCGUCGCAGGAGGGCCUUGUACGAGCGGAGACGGAGGAACCCAAACAGUGA